AUGUCUGACACAGAAGAAGUCAUGGAGGAGGGAGUUCAGUAUGUAGAUGAAUCAAAGCCCAAGCCAAAGUUUAUGACCAAUAUUGCGGCCCCAAAGAUCCCCGAUGGCGAUAAAGUGGACUUUGACGACAUUCACAGGAAGCGCCAGGAGAAGGAUCUCUCUGAGCUGCAGUCUUUGAUUGAGGCUCACUUCAUCCAGAGGAAAAAGGAGGAGGAAGAGCUCAUCGCCCUCGUGAACAGAAUUGAAAAGCGCCGCGCGGAGAGGGCCGAGCAGCAGAGAGUCAGAGCUGAGAGGGAGAAGGAGAGGCAGGCCCGGCUUGCGGAGGAGAAGGAGCGCAAAGAGCAGGAGGAGCAGCGCAAGAAGUACGAUGACGACGCCAAGAAGAAGAAGGCCCUCACGAACAUGACCCAGCAGUACGGUGCUGGACAUAAGAACGAGAACAGGAAAGGAGCCAAGAAACAAACUGAGAGGGAGAAGAAGAAGAAGAUCUUAGCCGAGCGCAGGAAGGCCCUCAAUGUUGACCACCUGGGCGAGGACAAACUGAAGGAGAAGGCCGGCGAGCUGUGGCAGUGGCUGAUGGGGCUGGAGGCUGAGAAGUUCGACCUCAGCGAGAAACUCAAAAGGCAGAAAUAUGAUAUCAACCAGCUUCUUGCCCGAGUUCAAGACCACCAGAAUGCCAAAGGUCGCGGUAAAGGCAAGAUGAGCGGGCGUCUG